AUGGGCGGCCUGCGACUGCAGAUGAGUUGGCAGCCGAGUUUGUUGAGUCAGGAACGGAAGAAUGGACCGCCAUUAGGGUUGAGGAACCUCGGGAACACUUGCUACCUCAACAGUGUCCUCCAGUGCCUCACUUAUACUCCCCCUCUCGCCAAUUUCUGCCUCCGGUUACAGCACUCCUCUCACUGUGAUUCAGGUUCCAACGGGUUGCUUAAGCGGGAAUGCCCCUUUUGUAUACUUGAGAAAAGGAUAGCCCAGUCUCUAAGCUCGGGCGUCAACCUUGAUGCCCCGCUCAAGAUACUGAGCUGCCUCUGGAUUUACGCUGAGCAUUUUCGACGUGGUCGACAGGAGGAUGCCCACGAAUUCCUGCGAUUUGUCAUCGAUGCAUGCCACAACACUUGUUUGCGUCUUAAGAAACUGCCGCGAAAGGGCAUCGACCCUGCUGGCGGCAGUUCUGUUGUCAAGGAUAUAUUCGGGGGUGCCCUGCAGAGCCAAGUGAAGUGCUUGUCUUGUCAUUCCGAAUCGAAUAAGGUUGAUGAGAUUAUGGACAUUAGUCUCGACAUUUUGCACAGUGGUUCACUUUUAGAGGCCAUGCAAAAGUUUUUCCAGUCAGAGAUUCUGGAUGGCAACAACAAGUACAGAUGUGAGAGUUGUAAGAAAUUGGUGGCGGCAAGGAAGCAAAUGUCAAUAAGUCAAGCACCAAAUGUCCUUGUUAUCCAACUCAAGAGAUUUGAGGGCAUAUUUGGCGGGAAGAUCGAUAGGACAAUAGAAUUUGAAGAAGUUUUGGUACUUUCUAGCUUCAUGUGCAAAUCAAGCCAGGAUCCCCAUCCAGAAUAUAGCCUCUUUGGUACAAUAGUGCAUUCAGGAUUCUCUCCCGAGUCUGGACACUACUAUGCUUAUAUCAAGGAUGCGAUGGGCCGGUGGUAUUGCUGCAAUGACUCUUUUGUCACUUCGUCAAACUUAGAGGAGGUCUUGUCAGAGAAAGUAUAUGUUCUUUUCUUCUCUCGAACUAAUCCAAAACCAGUAUCUAUUAAAAAGCCUCCUUUUGCUCCUAAUGGUGUCCAUUCAUGUCACCAGAAUGGCAGUGAUACCUCUAAAGGUUUUAAGGCGACUCUUCCCCAUAAACCAGUGUAUUCAAAGCCUCCUCUUGUUUCUGGCAAGGAUGUUUCAGCUAGAUCUAAGGUCGACAAAGUCACUUCUGGUACACCACUAAAGUUCAAUAUUACAGGCAGCUCUGUCUCUAAGACGGUUCCUCAAAUUACUAAUGGGAGGGUUGAGGUUCAUGUUAAAGAAAAUGGGACAGCUAAUGGUACUUCAGAAGGCAAGCUUCAAUUGGGGAGACAUAGCAAAGAACCAAAGACAUCAGUGUUUGAGAAUGGUUCCGGACAUGUUGCAAAAGAUAAUGCUGCCAAUGGUGAGACGUACCAUCCACAUACAAUUCCAAGUGCAAAUAAAAGCUCUGAAAAUGGUGCUGUGAGUUCUGUGAAGCCACUUCCCUGCAAGAGCAAUGGCUCAAUACACAAGGAAACAAGGGAGUCAAGACCUGCUCACCAUGACACAGCAAAUGGUGCCUCAGCAGCCCAGGUUGUUUCCAGGUCCAAGAGAAAACUGAAUGAGGAGUCAAGUAUUUUGUUUGCUCUGGAUGCUCAAUCAAGAGCCAAGGUUGAUGACCUGAAGGAACUACUGAAGCAAGAAGCAUCUGCAUUUUUACGAUCAUCUGAUUGGUCCAAUGAGGUAUACAGUCACAUGUCUUCAAAGAAGAGGUUAUGUGCACAAGAUGCAGGAACCACCUCUAGUUCACACGACUUGAAGGGCAUGUUGAUCACGGAUGCUAAGCGGAUGUUCAUUGCCAAGAUCCCUGCAACACUGAGAGGGAAUCUAGUGAAACGACUCCAAUCAUUAAGCGAAGAGAAAUGA